CCCCUACCAUUUCCCAAAAUAACUUUUCCGGACCAGACCACGCCUCACUCUCGUCGGCUCGUCGCCUUGUCCGCGCGUGCGCCACCGUUUCCACCCAGAUUCGCGCCCGCCACUUCCGACUAGCUCUUCGCGGCAAAAGAGAUCGCCGGCUCGCCGGCCGGCCCGGAGCGCGGGGGUUCCGCUUCCGCGGCGGAGCAGCCGUCGGCUGGGGAGGGGAGAUGGACGCCGGCGAGCUGCCCAUCGUGUACCACAUCGGCAUCGUGCUGGCCGCGCUGUGGGCCGCGGGCUCCCUCGGCUUCCGCCACUCCGUCCUCUUCCUCCUCGCCUUCCUCUACCUCUACAUGGUAAAUGCUCGCUGUGCAAUGAAAUUGCGGAAGAGAAUACAACAUGAAGAAAUGAAAUCUGCCUACCAACGAAGACUGCUAUCUGAUGCAGAAUCAGUACGCUGGUUAAAUUAUGCAAUAAAAAAGAUGUGGCCUAUCUGUAUGGAGAAGAUCGUCUCACAACUUCUACGACCCAUAAUACCAUGGUUCUUGGAUAAGUUCAAACCUUGGACAGUUAGUAAAGCAGGAGUUCAGGAGCUUUAUAUGGGCAGGAAUUCACCACUGUUUACUUCAAUGAGAGUUUUACCUGAGACAUCAGAUGAUGACCAUUUGGUUCUGGAGAUAGGGAUGAAUUUUCUAUCUGCUGAAGAUAUGAGUGCUGUACUUUCUAUGCAGCUGCAUAAGAGUGUCGGACUUGGAAUGACUGCAAACAUGCAUCUGACUAGCAUGCAUGUUGAGGGAAAGAUUCUAGUCGGUGUGAAGUUUGUCCGGAGUUGGCCAUUUCUUGGCCGUGUAAGACUAUGUUUUGUGGAGCCUCCUUAUUUUCAGAUGACUGUAAAGCCACUCAUUGGUCAUGGGCUUGAUGUCACUGAGUUUCCAGGAAUUUCAGGAUGGCUGGAUAAGUUGAUGGAUACUGCAUUUGGGCAGACAUUAGUUGAGCCCAAUAUGCUUGUUAUCGAUGUGGAAAAAUUUGUAUCGACUCCCUCAGACAAUGACUGGUUCAGCAUUGAGGAGAGACCUCCUGUUGCAUAUGUGAAACUUGAGAUUUUAGAAGGAUCCGACAUGAAACCAUCUGAUAUGAAUGGGCUCUCCGACCCUUAUGUGAAAGGUCGUCUUGGUCCUUUUAAAUUCCAAACUCAGAUACAGAAGAAAACACUAUCCCCUAAGUGGUUUGAAGAAUUCAAAAUACCCAUUACAUCGUGGGAGUCAUUAAAUGAACUUGCCAUGGAAGUGUGUGAUAAGGACCACAUGUUUGAUGACUCGCUUGGAACAUGUACUAUAGAUAUCCAUGAGCUGAGGGGUGGUCAGAGACAUGACAAAUGGAUAUCACUCAAGAAUGUCAAGAAAGGAAGGAUUCACUUGGCAAUAACAGUUGAAGAUAUAUCAGAGGAGAAGGGGUUGGAAGAAUCAUCAAGGAAAGUUGAUGCUGAACUACCAAUAUCAACAUCCGUCAACAAGUUUAAUGCUGAUGAACUGCCUGAUGAAAAGCAAGUCUUAGUAGAUGAAGUGGAGCACAUUAACAUUGAUGGGCAAGAACAACCUGGAGGAUUAUAUGUGCAUCGCCCUGGCACUGGAGUUCCCAAGACAUGGGAAUCACGGAAAGGGCGAGCACGUAAUCCUGACACGGAGAUUUACAAAGAAGUUGACAAAUCAAAGGAUGCGCCUACCCCAAAAAGCAGUGGACAAGGGGGUUUUUUUGGCUCCUUUUUCCGGAAGAGCUUGAAGAAGGGAAGUUUCCAUGAUAUUGAUCCCGGUAUUCCUACAACGCCAGGGCCUCAGAGUGCAACAGAGCUUGAUCCGAAGAUCCCACAAACUCCACGUCCAAACCUUAAGGAGGCCGGUGAAAAACGGACAUCGAUAAAGAUAGUAGUCGAUGAAGAUGCGAAACCGACAAGGAGUGCGGGAGAUGCAGAGAACUUGACAGAAGAUGUAGCCAAGGUGAUGGAGAAAAACGCAGGUGAGCCAGGUAGAUCACUGACAAGCAUACUGAGUAGAAAGAUUUCCAGGAAGAAACCAGAGGACAAGCUGUCUGAUAUCCCAGAGCAGACUGAAGCUCAAGCAUCUGAGUUGGUGAAAGAAGGGCCUGUUCCAGUUGAGGGUAAACCUAUUGAUGGUCAUCCGACAACUGAAAAUGGCCAUGGAGAUGGUGCUUCAGGAGAAGCAGCUGAAACGCAAACUAGUGCUCAGACUUCACAAUGAUUACAAGAUCAGCCGCUGCUGUUGUUGCUGGUAGUUGUAGGUUUGCUUUGUUGUGCUUGUAGAACAAAAUUACUUUAGAGAUUGUGUUACUUGUAAAAUACAACAAAACAUGAUCAUGUUGUAAAGUUACCUGCUCAGGUUUAUACACGUCCAUGUAAAUCAAAGUUCAUACUGUAAUAACUUGUAAGUAUGUAAACAUGACUACACGAGAGGUUUGAGGGUACCAUUUUCUCAUGUUUUCGGUGGCAAA